AUGGCUACUGGUGGAACAAGUAAUGAAGCAGAGAGAGAAGAUGCUGCUGAGUUGAUUUUUCCUAAAGAAUUUGAAAAUGCUGAAACACUUUUAAUAUCUGAAGUUCAGAUGUUGCUUGAUCAUAGAAAAACUCAAAAUGAGAAUGCGGAGGAUGAGCAGGAAUUGUCACAUGUAUUCAUGAAGACUCUAACAUACACUGAAAGAUUUUCCAAGUUCAGAAAUCGAGAAACAAUUGCAGCCGUUAGAAGUUUAUUGAUGCAAAAUAAGUUUCACAAGUUUGAACUGGCAACCCUGGCUAACUUGUGCCCUGAAAGUGCUGAUGAGGCCAAAUCAUACAUUCCCAGUUUGGAAGGAAGAUUCGAAGAUGACGAAUUACAACAAAUUCUAGACGACAUCAAAACUAAACGAAGUUUCCAAUAUUGA